UAAGUCGGCCCAACACUCAAAGUUUUUGGGUCAAUUGAACCAACGGCUAGGAUGGUUCCACGUGUAAUAAAGAAAUAAAAUAAACAUCUCAUGAAACUCCCGCCUAUUAAUGUCGUUCCCUUUCUGGGGCUGCAAAAAUUGUGCCUUGAGAAUUGAGAUCUGUCACAACUCACAAUCUCUCUGAUAAUGGCGGACGAGAUCAGAUUUUUCGAGCUGAAUAAUGGAGAGAAAAUCCCAUCUGUCGGUCUCGGAACAUGGCAGGCUUCUCCUGGCGUCAUCGGGGAUGCCGUCGCAGCCGCUGUGAAGAUCGGAUAUCGUCAUAUUGAUUGCGCUCAAAGAUAUGGCAAUGAAAAAGAGAUUGGGUCAGUUCUGAAGAAGCUGUUUGAAGAUGGCACAGCGAAGCGCGGGGAUUUGUUUAUCACAUCAAAACUCUGGUUGACUGAUCAGGACCCUCAAGAUGUGCCAGAGGCACUGGCAAGAACUCUUCAGGACCUGCAGCUUGACUAUGUUGAUCUGUAUCUCAUCCACUGGCCUGUCAAGUUGAAGAAAGGUUCCGUUGAUUUUAGCCCCGAGAACCUUAUGCCUACGGACAUUCCCAGCACAUGGAAAGCAAUGGAAGCACUCUAUGAUUCGGGACAGGCACGGGCCAUAGGUGUAAGCAAUUUCUCUACUAAGAAACUCGAGGAUCUCUUGACAGUAGCUCGUGUUCCACCCGCUGUUAACCAGGUGGAAUGCCAUCCUUCAUGGCAACAAGACAAGCUACACCAAUUCUGCAAAUCCAAUGGGAUCCACCUUUCUGGAUACUCACCACUGGGUUCUCCGGGAACAACGUGGCUAAAGAGCGAUGUUCUGAAAAGCCCGAUUCUAAAAAUGGUUGCUGAAAAGGUCGGGAAGACACCUGCACAGGUUGCCCUUCGAUGGGGAAUCCAAAUGGGACAUAGUGUUCUCCCCAAAAGCACAAACCAAGGGAGGAUCCAAGAGAAUUUCGAUGUUUUCGAUUGGUCCGUACCCGAUUACUUGUUUUCCAAGCUUUCCGAGAUCGAACAGGCUAGGUUAAUAAGGGGGACGUCGUUUGUUCACGAGACGCUGGGCCAAUAUAAGACCCUCGAAGAACUUUGGGAUGGCGAAAUAUGAAUUUCUUCUGACUCAAUUUGAGUUUUUUUUUCUCCCUUUUUAAUCCUGAAAAUGACCUCUGUAUUUGUAUGACAACGAUACCUUUCAAUCGCAUCGCACUAUUGGCCCACAAAAAAAAAAUGUUCCUUUUGUUA